AUGCCACUUUCUCUCCACAAUUCAUUCAUCAAUAUCCAUUUACAUUAUUUGUGUUGGAACAGAACAACCUCAAACGAUGGACAGCAUCUUAGGAGACAUGCUGAUGAAGGUUGGUGUGUUCAUACUGGUUCAAGCUUUGGUGUACCUUAUUCUUUCCAAUUCAUCAAACAUCUUCUCCAAGAACAUCAAGAGAUCGCACAGCUUCAGGCCUGCACGAUCUGUCAGCAUCCGUCGGAUGCUGGCUUUGAUCUCUGAUUUUCCACCGGAAGGGGAACCUUCUCCUUCCCCCAAGGCUCCUCAAUCACCCUCUCUUCAGAGUUAACUCAUCGUCAUUUCUAAGGUUUCAAGAUUACAAAUUGCAGAAGGUUUGAGACAAUUUAGGUUGUGGGUGGCCUGAUUAAGGUUCAGAAACCCCAGAACCAUGUCUUGUCACUGUAAUUUUGAAACCUUAAACUAGACCAAGUUGUUUGUAAAUUAUCUGUGUUUCUUAGUGUGUUAAGGCUAUGCUAUUGGUCAAAGGGUCUAAAAUUGUUGGUUGUAUAGGUGUUGAAUUCUUUUGUUCAUUCAUUUAUUUAUGAUGAAUUUUGUACUAUAUUUGUGAAUUUGUGAGUGCAUAAUGUUGAUAUUCAUUUACUUCUUAACGUAUUAA